AUAACUUGCUUCUAAAAAAAACUACAGUAACCAGUUUACCCUUUCAAAGUUCAUGCGAGUCAGUCAUCCGCAUUUUUUCUGGAUGAUGUGCGCAGAAAAAUAGGGCGUUGUGGCGACUCCCUCAUUCAUUCGCAGAGAGAGAGAGAAAAAAAGUCUCUGUCCUUAAAGACGUAGACGACCUGAAUGUGUUCAUAAACGAGCCGAAAGAGGGAGGGGGGGAAAAGGAAAAACGAAGAAGGAGAAAAAUAAGAGCAGGACAUCUCCAACGUGCGCAGAGAGUAAAAGGCUCUGCGUAAAGAAGCACAGACUCCAGAGAGAUAAGCUCACAUUUACACAUUGGCAAGAGAAGUUUUAAAAAAGCCAUCCAGGCGUGGGAGUUGUUUGAUCAGUUGAGCAACUGACCAAGAGUUGCGUUAAGGAGAAGUAGAUUUUUCGCGUGGAAACAGGAAAAGCGUCGUUUGUGCAUCCAAGAGGAGUUUUUUUUGUUUAUUGUUGUUGUUGUUGUUGUUGUGUGUGGCAGUAGCUCGUGUUUGUGGAGGACAUGGCUAAGUUAUUUCGAGCUGCCAUCAUGGGUCCACCAGGAUCAGGGAAAGGAACGAUUUCCAAGAGGAUUGCGCAAAGCUUCGGCCUACAGUACCUGUCCAGUGGCCACUUCUUACGAGAGAGCAUAACGGCGAACACAGAGGCAGGUGUGCUGGUGAGGAGCUACGUAGAAAGAAGCCUGUUGGUGCCGGACCAUGUGAUGACCAGACUGAUGCUGCCCAGACUGGAACAUCUGAUUGGCCACAGCUGGCUGCUGGAUGGUUUCCCCCGGACUCUGGCUCAGGCCCAGGCUCUGAACAAUCUGUGUCAGCUCGACCUGGUCAUCAGCCUCAACGUCCCCUUCGAGACCCUGAAGGACAGACUGAACGACCGCUGGGUCCAUCCAGCCAGCGGCAGAGUCUACAACAUGGGCUUCAACCCGCCAAAAGUCAAGGGUAAGGAUGACAUCACCGGGGAGCCGCUGAUUCAUCACGACGAUGACAAGCCAGAGGCCCUGAUGUCCAGACUGAGACACUACAAAGACGUAGCCAAGCCCGUCAUAAACUUGUACAAGUCACAGGGAAUCCUGCACUCGUUUUCCGGUACAGAGACGGACCGGAUCUGGCCUUACAUCAACUCUCUGCUCAGCACCAAGAUGCACACACAGCCAGCGGACGCCGUCCAAACGCAGACACCCUGACACCCCUCUGAAUGAAAGGACCACAGGGGGGGGGGGGGGGGAGACAUCGACAAACAGCCGGAGGACGCCGGAUGAUGAUUCUUCUCCAAUCGCUGGUGACAACUUUCACUUCCCUCAUGCGUAAUGAGGCGUAUACACAUAUUGGGGGGAAAAAAGGACGAUGAUCAAAACCGUAGUCAUCCAACUUGUUUUUACAUGUCGGUUGGUUGUGUGUGCAAAUAUUUCAAGAGCUUUAUCGAUUGUGUUGAUUUCUGUUAUCGUAGUGAAAUGUUCAGAUCCUCCUAUGCCAUAUCCAAAACUAGUGUUUCUAAAUUAUGCAAGCGUUCACUUAGUCAGCAAAUUCUUCACCUUUUUGGUCCUUUUUUUUGUUUCUGUUCUAACUCCCAAAAAAUUAAAUUAGGCUCGUUCAGGAACGCUGCAGAAGAAAAACUGAAGGCUUAAAGCGUAGAAACUCAAAUUGUGAAGUAGGAAUCACUUUUAUUUUGUUGUCUCCAGUGGCACAGAGAAUCCUACAGUCGAGACCAAAAUGCAGUGUCACACUCCACCACAUCCUAGAAAUGUAUUGUUGUAAAAGAAAACUUUAAAGAUAUCAGACAUAGGAUAAACUACAUUAACAGUCUGUUUUGUACACAUUUUAUGAGUGGCACUUUAAAUUAGACUUUUGCAACGAAGAAGGAAAUGUAAUGCUGUAAAUAUAUAAAAAAUGGGCUACACAGUGUUCGAGUUCGAGCUGUCAAUCAGCCUUCAAGCACAGUGUGACAUUCAGAAACUGGGGAGUUGUAGUUUUCAGUGAGCAUUGACAGAAUCACUGAGAAUCUAAGUCUUGUACAUGAAUCAUUUGGCUACAUUUUCCAAGAUUUGUAAUCCUGUGUGAGCCCCGAGUGCUGUGUAAAAUGCUGUAUAUAAGGCCUAUAAAAUCAACUGUUACAUAUGCAGAACCAGUUUUUUAUAUCCACAGUGUCAUCAGCUCAGCGUCUCUAGAUGUACAUCCAUCAGCUAGGUAAACAUGGUGCACUUUUUAAACUGCUAUUCUCCACUUUUGUGCUGGAUAUGCUGCAAAAUGUUACACUGUCUGCACUGACAAACACACACAGACGGAUUCCACUGGUGCUGGUACCUGCACUGCUGCUCACAGUCACUCUGCAUCUCGCUCUGUGGCUGGGAUGAAGACCAAUGCACAGAAUAAAAAGAGUGCCUUCAACGUCGUUACAUUCCUUUGAGAUGUAUACAGUUGCCGUGAGAUUUGAAUCACCAACAUGUCACUGAUUAUUGUGUGUAUAUAUAUAUGCUUUGCAACGUUUGUUCAACUUUAAAGGCUUUAUAUGUGAUUUUUAACACUUAAAUAUAAUAGAAAUCAAGUAUAUCCUCUGAAAAUAACUCUGUGAGUCAUGACUGUCUACAAUGGGUGUAACACCCGAGUCCCACUGUCUGUGAUGUUUUCAGAGUUUUCAGAGUCCUAUCUUCAGUUUGUUCACAUCGCGCAGCGCGACUUGUUUUGGUUUCGCAUAUAAAGCCUUUGAAGUACCGCUGGAUAUAUAUGUGGAAAUAAUAGGCCACUUCUCUGAUUCUUAAGCAUGAUUACGUCGUCGCUGUAAAUGGUUGAAUUGUUUGUUUUUCUUCUCGAUUUUUUUAAUGUAUCAUCACUUUUGCGGCCUGAAAACACUUUUUUUUUUUUUCCAACUUCCUCACUUGAUUCUGAUCCAUCAUCUGAAGUUUAAAAAAAAAAAGAAGUCACAAUGUCACCAAAUGGCACAACAUGUGAGUUAACAACACAAUAAGUUAAGCACAAUCCCUAAAAAAAAAACCUGUGCAAUAAAAAAGCAUCCAAUAGGAUUUCAUUGUGCAGCUCUGUUGAUGCUGGCUCUGCAGUUUUAAAACUACAUUUGAACAUUUUUCCACCUGAAAUCAGUUUGAUGACACAAAUUAGCAAAUGUCCCUCAUUCAGGGAGGGGCACUAACUUUCUUUUAUCUUUGUUUUUUUUGUUUGGUGGAGUUUUCUUUUUGUGUGUUUUGUACAGAUUUGACGGCUUGUAAGAAAGUUUGUAGAUCAAAAAAUGUAAAGAUGAAUAAAAACACUCAGUAAAAUGUU